CUCAUUUGUUUAGGGGAAACCUUUUGAAUCGGCUUCAUCCAUUUGGAUAUUAAGAAACUGGUAGAAAAAGUAAAAACUCACUUAGAUAGACGUCACUUUAUUGUUGUCUGAAUCAUGUUGUCAUACAUUCGUUUCUCGCCCGGAGUUGUAACGACCCAUUACACUUAGUUGCAGUAAUAGAAAUGAACAGAGGGAGGCAGCACUACAUCACAGUUGCCUGAAUACCCACGAAUAAGAAACAAGGAAGUAGUCGAGGCAUCACGUUGGUAAAAGAAAUAUACUCAGCGCUAGGAUUUCGGAAGUGUCCUGUAAGACUGCUGUAAUUUGAUAAACAAAGCAGACAUGAAGAACCGAGGUGGUGGCAUGCUGGACGGUCGGCUCAAACACAGAUUGGAACAGUAUUUGGCUUCUCACACAAAUGAGCAUGUGGAUCUAUCAACUGUAGCCCUGGAACUUCAGAAGCAGUACAGAAUGGAGUAUGGCAGAAGAAACAAGAUAGCAUUUCGAAUUCAAGUCGAGAAAAUAUAUCAAGCAAUAAAAAUGGAGUCUGAACUGGAAGACUUUGAAGUAAAGCACCUGACGGAGAGAGCCAAGAUUAUCCCAAUCGAACCCAGUGACGACGACUGCAGCAGCAGUUCAGAAGAUGUAUUGGGGGCUCCAGAGAAAAGUAGCAGCAGUCACAUGAACAGCUCUCUUACUUCUCUGUACCGAAAAGGAUCUUCUGACUUGAGCACCUACUCCUCUAUUAAAGAGCCGUCUGCUACAAGUCAAACAUGUACAGGAGGUUGGUUCAUCGAUAAAGGCCAACGUCCUGCGAAGGCCGACAUCUUCGUGGACCUUAGUGAAGAUCAGCAAAUUAAGGCAGUAAAUAAAGAUGAUUCCAUGUUGGAGUCUGGGGGAUCCUACAAAAGGGCAGUCAAAAGGAAAAAGAAGUCAUCUAAAGAGCCUGAACAAGAACAAACAAAAAGAGAGAAGAAAGCAAAAUCCAACUCAACAAAGCUGCAGUAUCCCACUGUAAAGUUUGAAGACGUUGGUGGUAAUGAAGGCACAUUAACGGAACUGUGCAAACUGCUCAUCCACAUGCGGCACCCAGAGAUAUUCCAGCAUCUGGGAAUGGUUCCUCCUAGGGGCUUUCUCCUCCAUGGACCUCCUGGCUGUGGAAAGACCCUACUGGCACAAGCUGUGGCAGGGGAGCUGGAACUGCCCUUGCUGAAGGUGUCUGCUCCAGAAUUGGUGUCUGGAGUUUCUGGAGAGUCUGAACAGAUGCUCAGAGAGUUGUUUGACUUUGCUGUGAGUUCAGCUCCAUGUAUCCUGUUUAUUGAUGAGAUAGAUUCCAUCACGCCAAAAAGAGAAAUGGCCUCCAAAGACAUGGAAAGAAGGAUUGUCGCCCAGCUCCUCACCUGCAUGGAUGACUUGAGCAGUCUGGCAUUCACAACUCAAGUCCUGGUCAUUGGUGCUACCAACAGGCCAGACUCCCUUGACCCCGCCCUACGCCGAGCUGGACGCUUUGACAAAGAGAUAUGCCUUGGUAUCCCAGAUGAACCAGCGCGUCUCAGGAUUUUGAAGACUUUGUGUCGUCAGUUGAAGAUGCCAGAGGAUUUUGACUACGGCAAGCUGGCCCGUCUCACUCCCGGCUAUGUGGGUGCGGACCUCAUGGCACUUUGCCGCGAAGCUGCCAUGAACGCUGCCAACAGAGUUCUGUUGGUGGAAAAAGGACAGCAGGAGAGCCAAACGGAGGACCUGUUAAAAAUGGACACUGACGCAGAUGUAAUGAACAAAGAAAUCGUUGAAAACAACUGCACAUCAGCUUCUUUAACUGUACAGAACAGAAUAAACUCAGGUGUAGUGGAUGAUAAUCGGUUACUUCAGGAUGAUCCACAACACGAACAUCUGCCGCAGGGGGACCUGUGUCGACUGAUGCAUUUGCUCAAGAGCACUGAAAUGCUAUCAGAGCAAGAGUUGACUAGCCUCUCAAUCAUCAUGUCAGACUUUGAGGCCUCUCUUUCCAGUGUUCAGCCUUCAGCCAAGCGGGAGGGCUUUGCCACUGUGCCAGAUGUCACCUGGGACGAUGUGGGAGCCCUUCAUGAAAUAAGAGAAGAACUGACCAUGGCAAUAUUGGCUCCAGUACGUUCUCCGGAGCAGUUCAAGGCUCUAGGACUAAGUGCUCCAUCCGGAGUGUUGCUGGCUGGUCCUCCAGGAUGUGGGAAAACUUUACUUGCUAAGGCAGUGGCCAACGAGUCAGGGCUUAACUUCAUCUCUGUCAAAGGUCCCGAGUUGCUCAAUAUGUAUGUUGGAGAAAGUGAGCGGGCUGUCAGACAAAUUUUCCAAAGGGGGCGCAAUUCUGCUCCUUGUGUCAUCUUCUUCGACGAGAUUGAUGCUUUGUGUCCUCGCCGGUCAGGCCAUGAGUCAGGAGCCAGUGUGCGUGUGGUUAACCAGUUGCUCACAGAGAUGGAUGGUUUAGAAACUCGGCGACAAGUCUUCAUAAUGGCUGCAACCAACAGACCAGACAUAAUUGAUCCUGCCAUACUGAGGCCAGGUCGCCUAGAUAAAACACUGUAUGUGGGUCUGCCACCUCCUGCUGAUCGCCACGCAAUUCUGCUCACCAUUACAAAGGGAGGAACCAAACCUCAGCUGGAGCAAGAUGUCAGUCUGGAAGAGGUUGCCUUUGAUGAACGAUGUGACUGUUUUACUGGUGCCGACCUGACUGCGUUAGUGAGGGAAGCAUCUGUCAAUGCCUUGAAGGCCUACCUGAAAUCCCAGUGCACCCCACCAUCUUCCUCUGGUCACACAUUUUCUUCUGGCUUUGUAGCAGACAUAAGAGUGGGCAAACACAACUUUGAAGAGGCUUUCAAGAAAGUUCGACCUUCUGUGUCAAAAAAGGACCAGAGGAUGUAUGAGCAGCUGAAAGAGUCCCUGAGCAGAUAAGUGCCAAAUUGAAAUAAAAUAGGAUUACUUACCUGUAGCCAUUUAUGAAUUGCUGUAUGUCCACAUUUUUAAUUGCUUGGAUAAUAAAUUGAAGAAUUUGUCAAUUCUGACUUCAUCACUGAAAAUAACUUAAUGUUACAAAUCUAACGUUGCAUUAAACCAGGGGUUCUUAACCUUUUUGACCUAGGGGCCCAACUUUUCCACUACAGAGGAACCCAUGGGCCACUCGAAUAUUAACACUGAAUUAGUAAUCUUACUCUUGAUUUGAAUUGUAUUCAAUAAUUAUAUUUAACCUACUUACAGUUUAACAGGUUAAACCCUGUCAAAUGUUUUGAAAGCAUGUGUUAAUCACAAAGAUUAUUAUCAGGGCUUAGGUCAGGCUGAUUACACUAAUGUCAAAUCAAACAAUCUAAUAUACUGCAAAAGAAGUGACUCAUAAAAACUGAUGAAAAUAAAUUUGCAUACUACUUCGUGUUAAGGUGCUGAAAUAAAUACAUCCACCCAGUUUCUACUGCUUGUCCCUUUCGGAUGCUGAAGCCUAUCCAAGCUGCAAUUGGGCAGAAGAUGGGGUACACCCUGGACAAGUCGCCACCUCAUCACAGGACCAACACGCACAUUCCCAUACUAGGGCCGAUUUAAUUAUACCAAUCAACCUAUCCCCGGGUGCAUGUUUUUGGAGGUGGGAUGAAGCCGGAGUACCCGGAGGGAACCCACACAGUCACGGGGAGAAUAUGCAAACUCCAGGACCUUCAUAUUGUGAGGCACACGCACUAACCCCUUUACCACCGUGCAGAAGAAAUACAUCAUAACUAAAUGAAUAAUAAAUAACGGGUGUGCAUCUCUACCUUUUAAUGGCGAUCCAAUAUGAAUUUCGAUACAUGGGUUACGAUACGUUUCACGAACAAUACUUUUUAAAAAAGAAAGUGAUUUUCUUUCAGUCUAUACCUGCGCACACAAAUGACUUAGCUCGACCAAAGAUGAUGUAAAAGUUGCAAACCGGUCGCACUGACGUUGAAACUACAGUCCCAUUUGAAAAGAUCAGAUUCCAAACUAUGUGGCCCAAAUCUGAUGCAAAAAGAUCAGAUUUAAAGCACUUUGGAGUGUAAGACUGGCACAAAAUAUCGGAUCUGUGCCACUUGCGUGCAAAAAAAUCAGAUUUGGUGUCCAGUGUAAACUGAGCCAAUGGCUAUGUUUCCAUGCACUAAAUUAGUCUGAUUUUUUCAAAAAGUUUGUUUGUUUAUAUUUUCACACCUACGUGUGAAGUCCAAGUGUCCAUGCACACUCUAAUGUGACUAUUGGUCAUACGCUGUGUGUUUCCCGUACACUGGGGGGUCCUCAUUUCUUUUAAUCGCGGAUAAAUACUCUGUAUUUAUUUUCCGUUUGACCUAUGACGUCACACUCGGCGUAUGUGGCUCCUAACAAGUUAACAGCCAAACUCUGUUGUGAUGACCUCUGUAAUAUUGGCACAGAUUACAAAUAUUACGUCUCUAAUGGCUAUGUUGGUGUUAAAUAGUAGACAGCAUCAAGAAAUUAUCUUAGAUUGCACUACGAACAUGACGCUACUACCAAGAAUGUAUCGGAGCGGAUGCAGGUCCGAAGUGAAGAAAGACUGGCGGCAGAGAGUUGUUUUGAAGGAAUUUUCGGACGCAAAAUCAUGAAAACAAUGUCUCGGAGUUCAUUCAUAAUGCUCUGUGGAUUGAUGGAAGGAGUUUUAAAUCUGAAGGAAAAGACCGUUUCCAGAUUAUAUUGUUCUGGAUAUUGUUCUGGACUAUCUUGCCAGUUGUGUGGAAUACAGAGUUAUUGUUAAUAAAUUGGUAGUGCACAAAUGCAGCAUGAAGAGGUUUGUGUUCGCUUUAUUAUUCCCCUUUUACUAUAUAAUAUGUGCUUCAUUUCUUUUGUAUUUCGUUCACAAGUCCAAAUUAAACCGGAAUUCUACAUUUCCUUUAUUUUGUUUAAAUUAAUGUUUUCUUUUUUUCUAUCAUCGAUGCACUUCAAAAUGUUAUUUUCUUUUCAUUUGAGAAGCAAAUAAACAGUCUCCUCCGUGACAGUUGUUGCUAUGUUUUUAUUGAAUGGUAUCUGCUUCUGGGUUGUAUCCUGCGUUUUGAGACUGGCACAU